AUGCCGCCGGACGAGUAUGAGAAUCGCACUGACAGUGUGCUUCACUGGAAGAAGACUCACCAGUUGGGCCGAUUCGACCCCAAUGCCCCCACCAUAGAACAGCAAAAGGUUACUGGCAUUGAAAGGGAAAUUGAAGAGAGAGGUACUACAUAUCUUGCGCCUUCAACGGGAUUUGCUGACGUCUAG